CCAAUUACUAGAUGAAAAAUAGAUAUAUCAGUUGUAUUUGAAACUUCGGUAUUUCAUAUAAUCUAAGUCUUGCAUAAUUAAAAACCAGUGCAUAUUAAACAUGGAUUCGGAAAUAAUUGUUACAGACAGUGAUUUAGAAGAAACUAAAAAGGAUUUUCCUGUGUCUUCCGAAAAUAUUUCUUCCGAUUGCGCUGAUGCUGAGGAAGUAACGAAGCCAGCUGUUUUAAAUGACGCAGGUAAUGCAAAUGAAGGCGGGACAGAAAAAGCGGCAUGCCAGUGCGAUCCAUGUUUACUUGACAAUACACAAGUGACUGCAUGUGCAUUCUGUAUUGUGUGUGUUGAAUAUUUGUGUAAGAAUUGCUGCAGAGAUCAUAGAAAACAUAAAACAACGAGAGAUCAUGAACUAUUGUUGGAAAAUAUACCAGAUGAUCCUAAAAUUUUCAAGCACAUACGAAGAAUGGUAUCUUGUCCGAUUCACAGUGACAUAGACGUUACGCAUAAAUGUGUCGAUCACAAUACACAUAUCUGUUGCUUUUGUCUAGCCGAUUCUCAUAGAAAAUGUGAAAAUGUUUGCAGAAUUUCGGACGCAAUUACAUCGUCCGGUAACACAGUAUCUCAGAUUCUUUUGAAAAUCAAGCAACACCAAGUCGAUAAUCAGCAGAUGUCUUCAACAAAAAGUUUAAAUGUUCUAGAAUUGACGACUGAAAAGAACAAUGUCAAAGUUGAAGCCUCCGAAAUCGUUAAACAGUGUACAUCUGAACUAGUUGCAAAGAAAACCGAACUUGUAAAUGAAACAGAUCUGAUAGGAGAAUCUUACCUUAAAGCUUUAAAAGAUGACGUGUCCAAAUGCAAAGCACUGGAAGACGAAUGCAAACUCCUUUGUGAAAUUAUUGAAACGAUAGACCAGUACGGAAAUGAGAUCGAGAAAGACACAAUUUUGAUGAUUACACAAGAAAAGCUUGAUCUGAUGGACCAGGAAAAAGAUAAACUACGAAAACGUGAACCAAUGCACCUGAAUUUCAUUAAAAAUAAAGAAUGCUUUGUCGUGAGUGACUUCGGCAAACUGCAAAUAAGAAACCUGGCAAAUGAAAAUGUUUUAGUCAAAGACGAAGAUAACAGCUAUGUGCUUGAAGAGGUAGCUAAAGGAGAAUCAUCAACUUGCGCAAAUGAGAAAGAUAAUAAUGCUCAACCAGACAGAUUCACCGUGAAAAUUGGAGAUGACUUUUAUUCCUGCUCCAUUACGGGUUGUGUUAUUUUAGACGACGGUAUUAUUGUUGUUAUUGACGAAGAAAACAGAAAGAUCAAGGUGUUUGAUUCCGACUUCAUAUUUUUGUCUGGAAAUUUGUUGACAGCACCACCAAUAGAUAUUUGUAUCACAGACAUAAACACAGCUGCAAUUAUAUACAAGGUCGCAAAACGGAUAGACUUUAAGCAGAUAAACGUUGGAGUUAUUUCACACUACCGUGAACUGCCAACAAAGUUUGAAAUUAGCCGUAUAACAGCAAGUCCACAAUACCAGAAAAUAGCUCUAUUAUAUUCUUUGGGCUUCACGUCAAGAAAUAAUAUUCAAAUUCGAAAUGUUGGAGGAAAAAUUAUCCACGAAAUAUCACUUGAUAAUUCAUUUCAUUUUGCAAAUCGGGAAGAAUUCGGUAUAUGUUAUAUUGAAUGUAACCUAGUGAUUAUUGGGAGAAGUAUAGGCGUUUCACUUCUCGUACCGGCGAAAUUCAACACUUAUACACUUAUUCCGGUGAUGGCACUCGGUGACGACAUUGAUGUAACAAGGCACAUUUCAAGCGAUGCAAACGGAAAUAUAUAUAUAUGCGCACCAGCCUCAGGAUGUGUCUAUCAUUUUUUAACAGAUCGGGAGAAGCCAGUAGUUUUAAAAGCUACAGUGCCACUGUCUGUUGCAAGGGAUCACAACAGAAACAGGAUUAUAGUCGGAUGUUUCGGAAGUAAUACUGUAGAUGUUUUGCAACAGUAGAAAUACUAACAAAAACGACAUAAGGCUUACUAUGGUAUUAACUUGUGAUGCCUUUAUGAGAGUUUAGAAACUUUCGGAUGAAAGUGUGUAACAAAAGUGUGAAAGUCAACUAAAACUGAUUUUACCCUGUGCAUAAGAUGGCCAAAAAAGUUUAAUUACGAAAUAUGUUAUAAAACGCAACUUGAGUUUUAACUACAAUUUAUCUGCUGUCUUUCUCCUUUCUAGGGUGAAUAAAUAAAUUCUCUUUGGCAUAAUAAUUCUCCCUUAAAUUUAUUCAAUGCAUUUAUUCUUAUCAUAUUUCCUUUCCAAUUUGAAUCUUAUCACAACUUAAAUGUGGAAUUUUCUUGUUAAAGUAUUUACAACAAAUAUCAACGCAUUUUUUCAUGCUGCUUUUUUAUGUGAAAACGUACUAAAGAUGAUAUAUUACUGAAAUGCAGUAUUUUUGUGUCGCCUCUACAGAGUAGUACAGAGUAAUGGCGACAUACAGGGAUUACUUCUCCGUCGUCUGUACGUAGGAUCCGCCCGUCACUAAAAUUUUCCGGAAUACUCCUCAAAAACUUCUGAUGCAAUUUUAUCCAAACUUUAUAAUAGGUAUGAUAAGUACCAAGUCUAGUUGUGCAUAUAAUCGGCAACUCCUGUCGAAUGAUUUUUUGUCAGAGUUAUGGCCCUUUAAUAAUUUUUGUUUUUAAAGUUUGUCCGGACUACUCCUCUUGUAUCACUAUUGCAAUUUCAAUUAAUCUAUACAGGAAUGACCAGUAGCUCAAUUCGCGCGCGGGUUUUCCGGUUGAAUAACUUUUGGAUGAGUUAUGGCCCUUGAAUACAAACGUGUUUUGUUUGUUUCCUCUGCUACUGUAACGCUGUAGAUGAAACAUGCAGCUGGCUAUCAUUAGGCGACACAUGUGAUCACUGAUCGCUCUUGUACUUAGUAAAUAGUUGUAAAUAGUUUUUCAUUUCAAGUGAAUUUACUUUCUUUUCUUAUAGUUUUUCUUAUAGUUUUAUAUUUUAAUGGAGUGUGUAUUUGCUGUAUCUUGUUAUUUCCAGUAUUUGUUUCACCAUGUAUAUAAAAUGAACAUUUAGUUAAUAAAAUGAUUUCGUGUG